AUGACGAUAAUUGCACUGGGGAUCUGCGCUCAGUGCCAAGCUCUACCGGGGUGCCGAGACUACACUUGCGGAAAGGAUCGCAUGGUGGUGAAGGCAGGGGCCACCUCGGCCGACAUCUACCCAGCAUCCGUCGAUGCCAUGUGCGGCCUCGGAAGCGGCAUCGACUAUGUCGGGAGUGACAUUGGUAGCAAGUUAGCAGGUACGACCAGGGAGUGCUGCGCCAUUUGCCAGGGCUGGAAUGGGUGCCGCGCGUUUUCGUGGAAGACAGGAGUGUGCUAUUGCUGUAGGUGA